CGGGUCAAAAUACUAGUAAUUUAAAAGAAGAGUGCUAUGAGAACACCAUUUGAGUAGCCCACAUGUACACCAAAUUUAAAAUAGGCGAACACACACAUGGUCAACCAUUUCUCAAUUUAAAAGCUUUUACCACCUCUGGCCCCUGGGCUCCAUGCUAUUAGUCCGUUUAUCUAGAUAUGGAGAAUGGUGACGAUUGGUUCGCCAUGGAUAAGCUCUACCACGUUCUCUUCUGCUUCUCCAUCGCUAUCAUUACCUCCGCCUUCGCGGGUUGGGCCCGAUACCCGUUUAUUAGGCGCAGGAGAAUCUGGGUCGGGUCCAUCGUUUCCCUCGCUGCCGGGGCCGCCAAGGAGGUCGCAGACGAGCUAGGGUUUUUCAAGUCCGCCGGUGCUUCGUCAAAAGACGCCGUAGCCGACUUCUUCGGCAUUCUGAUUGCUGCUUUGAUUCUUCGUCUCGGUAAACCCUAUUCCUUUGCAGUUCGACCUGACCCAUUGAGCGGCGAUAAAGAGCUUGACUUGGUUUGAUCGCCCUGUAAUUUCGUAUUUGCGUAACUUCUGACGUCACUCCUGGAUCUUUGGAACAAGAACUGAUUGGGGGCUUCAUUGUGUCUAGUUGCAAUAUUCAGGCCAUGUUGAAUGCUGGAUAGCAUAAAUAGCCUAUGUGCAUCUGCCUUAAAAAAAUCUUAGAGCAUGAGUAUGAGAUAAUUUACCUAUAUUUUUGUCUAGUUCAUCAUAGCUGCAGGGUCUUUUGUUCACUACUUGAAAUACAAAGUGCUGGAUUUUAGUCCUCCAGAGUCUAGGACCAAGGGUCCAACACGGCCCUUAGAUGGAGGUGUGGGUUGGAAGAUAACAAAAUCGGGGAAGAGGGAAGGAAACUUGACAUAUCUUAGCUGAAUGCCCUCACUCGAUUAUCCAAAAUAUGGUUACACUCAUGGCCCAAUAGUUUCCAAAGAGUUCGUUGCGUAUGGAGAGAACAUGUGUGAUGCAUCGUCCUUUCAUUCGUCAUGGGAGCCCCUGCUUGUCCGUAAGCAGGAAGUGGUUUCUAGGUGGACUUCAUUGUGUCUAGAACAAGUGAGUAUGCUGCCCGCCAUUCUGUCAUUCCCUACUGAUGGAACUAGUAUUGAACGUUUCAUGUAUUUCAAAAUAGCAUUAUAAGUUCUCAGAAUUGUUUCAAUGCAAUACCACAAGGAACAUUACAGUCAUUUUUAUGUGGAUGCCCCAAAGAUCCACGUCAGUUUCAAGUUGAUGUCACAUAAGAUUGUAAAGAACAUACUGGCUACCACGACAUCUCCGUUCAAGAAGAGGCCUCUUUGACUAAUGUUCAUGCUCUUAUUUUGGCAAGGGCAUGGACAGAGAUGGUGAUUAUACCCCUGCCAAGGGUUAUAUAUGGUUGAUUGGCGAAUCCAGUAAACCUGUUUGGUGUGACAUAGUUUGGAACAAGUGGUCGAUACCUAAGCACCAGUUCAUUUAUUGGCUGAUUUGCAAGGGGAGAUUACAAGCUAAACAAAGAUUGAGCAAGCAUCUAAGUUUAGAUACUUGCUGUAGCUUCCGUGGCUAUAAUGUUGAAGAUGUUGACCAUCUCUUCUGCAUCUGUACAUUUGCUAUGGAGUUACUUGAUAUUAUCCCUUGAUGGGUUGGGACUGAUUUGAAUGCCAACUCCUUGCAGAGGAAAGGUUAAUGCAGCUGAAGCCUAUGAAAUGGAGGAUGAAUAUUGUUGCUGCGUAUAUGGCCUCUGUUUAUGCUUGUAUGGAUUUGCUGUCAAUCUGCAGUUGGAUUAAAACUUAAGUCAAUUAUUUUAUUAGGAGGAAGAGCAUGAUCAUGUGCCUUUAUGUUGUCUGUAGAGUUAUGUUGUCUGUAAGUUUGUGGUUAGUGCGAGUGUUUUAUCAAUACAUUUGCUUUCUCAUGACCAUGUUAUGGUGCUACAAUAAUUGAUAUAAAAUGAAUAUAAAUUUUUUCUCAUG